AUGCAUCUUGAAAUACAGAAAGGCUCAGGCAACAAGUGGACAUUAACUAAGCUUUGCGAAUUGCUCCGACAGUAUAUUGUGUCAAAAGAAAAGUCGGACAAACCCAAACCAGUCAACGCUAAUUUUAUACCUAGUCGAAGAGUGAGACCACAAUUUCAGAAAUCAACAAAUACCUUUAAAGGCUUCAGGGGACCCCCAACAGCAAAUACCACUGCUGGAGCUUUGACUGCAUAUGUAAAGAAAGAGUCUACUUCUCCCCAACAACAUCAGAAGAAAACCUGUAGAUUCUGUAGUAAGAAUCAUUGGAGUGACGAAUGUCCACGAAGUUUGUGGCCAGUGAAAUUUAGAAAGGCACCUAUUCAUGAAAGUGUUAAUUUAUUAGAAGAAAGAGCAUGCGUGUCUGAAGAAAGUGUAGAAACAAGAGAAAUUCCCAUUAAUUCAACAGAUGGUGGUGUUUGUAAUGAAAGUGCAUUAUUAUCAUCAAAUGAAAUAGUGAUGAUGCAAACAUCGCGCACUGAAAUUUGGGACACAGAAGGUUUUAAUAAAGAAAAUGUAAGAAUUCUUUUAGAUUCCGGAUCGCAAAGAACGUACAUUACAAAGCGACUGGCAACAUCCCUGAAUCUAAAGAGGACAAAUGAACAAGAGAUUCGUCUGGUUACGUUUGGUAGCGACAAAUCUAAGGUGAUAAAGACAAUGUCUACAAAGUUAAAUGUUCGGUUGAAGGAUGGACACGAUUACACAAUAACAGCAAAUAUAGUUCCAACAAUUACAGGAAGCAUUCAAAGGAAACCAGUACGUAUAUCGGAUAGAGACAACUUCAGGUCGUUGAUAAAGAACCUUAGUCUAGCGGACGAUAUACCUACUGAAGAAUACACAGACUUAAUUGAAUUAUUGUUGGGAAAUGUUUAUUACCUGGAUAUAGUAUUAGGACAUAAAAUAGAGAUUCAGCUAGGACUUUAUCUCUUGUCGUCAAAACUAGGUUGGAUUCUUUCUGGAAGAACAAAUGAGAUAGAUGAUAACGUGAGUGAUACAAACUUGUUAAUAUUAUCAUAUGGCAAUAACAUUACAAAGACGCGAGUGUUUACGAACGUUGACAAAUGUGUUCCAAAAACACCUGACAUCGAGGACUUUUGGAACAUAGAAACAAUAAGAUUAAAAGAUACCACCAACGUAAGAUCUGAAGAUGAUCAAGCGAUGGAAGACUUCAAGGAAAACCUUUUGUUCAAGGAUAACAGAUACCAUGUUACAUGGCCUUGGAAAAUCGACCAUCAAGAAGUUCCGGAAAAUCGUCCUCUUGCCUUUGGACGAUUAAAGUCAUUAGUAUCGAGGUUCAAAGAUAAACCAGAUGUGUUGCAGAAGUAUGAUUCUGUUAUACAAGAUCAACUUGAAAAGGGAAUCAUAGAAAAAGUUGCGACCUCUGAAAAGAAUGGACUGACCCAUUAUUUACCUCAUCAUGCAGUGAUCAAACCUGGCAAGUCAACAACAAAGUUGAGAAUAGUGUAUGACGCAUCAGCAAAAACAAAGAUUGAGAAUAGCAGUUUGAACGACUGUCUCUACAGAGGACCCGUGCUGCUAAACGAUCUCUUACAGAAAGAUCAAAGAGAUGUCACGCGAUUCUUAUGGCUAAAGGAUUUAGAAAACCCAGAAGUAACACAAAAUCAAAUACAAGUUUACCGCUUCUGUCGCGUGCCCUUUGGAGUUGUAUCAAGCCCAUUCUUAUUAGGAGCAACAAUUGAUUAUCACUUGGAGAGUUACAACAAUGAUGUCGCUAAACAACUGAAACAGCAUAUUUAUAUGGACAAUGUUGUAACGGGAACAGACACCAUUGACGCUGCGAAAGAUUUGUAUACUAUGUCCAAAGGAGUUUUCGAAGAUGCAAGCAUGAAUCUUCGUGAGUGGGCAUCUAAUAAUAGAGAACCGGAAGAAAAUUUUUCAGAUGAACACAGAGCUAAAGAAAAUGUGAUGAAAGUGUUAGGUCUCGAAUGGAGCAGAGAAACAGAUACAUUGGCGAUACAAAAAGUGCAUUUAUCAAGUGCUCAAAGUGUUACAAAACGUUUUAUUCUGAGCAAAAUUGCAUCUGUGUUUGUCCCUCUAGGUAUAUUUGCACCUGUUACGCUUAGAGGAAAACUAAUCAUUCAAACUCUGUGGAAGAAAAAGAUUGGAUGGGACCAAAAAGUUGACGGUCAAGAUCUCAUUAUGUGGCACGAAAUACAAAGAGAUCUUAGCAAAAUCAGUGGACAUGAAAUACCACGAUGUAUUGUAAGUGGAGGUGAUAACAGGAAUAUUCUUUUGUGUUUCUAUGAUGCUUCUACCAAAGCAUAUGCCACAAUUGUGUAUAUGAUGCAUAAAGGUGACUUGGAGCAACACAUAGAAUUGAUGUUUUCAAAGGCUCGACUUGCCCCAACUACUAACAUUAGUAUUCCACGACUUGAACUAAUGGCUGUACUGAUAGGAGUACGAUGUUUAACCUUUGUACAAGAUCAAAUGAAGAUGCAAAUUGAUGAAGUUCAUCUGUUCACAGAUUCUCAGUGUGCAUUUAAAUGGAUUAUGUCAACAAAACAGCUUCCAGUGUUUGUUAAAAAUAGGGUCAAAGAAAUAAAGGAACACAAGAAUAUCAUCUUCCAUUAUGUGAAGUCUAAUGACAAUCCUGCUGAUAUAGCCAGUCGAGGUUGUUCAACAGAAGAUCUUGUGAAAAGUUAUUCAUCGUGGCAUGGUCCCGAGUGGCUUUUGCAUGAUAUUUCCAAAUGGCCAGUAUUAGACCAGUUGUCUAAUACUGAAGAUGAUGAGACUAACAAACCAAAGAUCAUCGAAAACGAUGAGAAAGAAAACAACAUCAGUGAAAAUUUGAGUUUUUCAGCGUUUGGAGCAAUUAACGAUUGUUUUCCAACAUCUGUCCCAUUUGGGAUAAAUCCAAUGAAAUAUUCUUCGGUGACGAAAUUGUUACGUGUCACAGCAUAUGUGAGAAGAUUCAUAGGUAAAAUGAAAAAAGAAAAAUACAGUUCACAAAGUCUCACUUCAAAAGAAAUUCAAGAAGCUGAAGGUAUGUGGAUUAAACAUGUGCAACAUACGAAUUUUUCUGAAGUGUAUGAAUUCCUCAUCGGAAAGAAAAAAUGCAAUCUGCAAUUGCAACUUGGUGUGUUCAUCGAUAAUAAUGGUCUUUUAAGAUUUAAAGGCCGUUUAGAGAAUGCCAGUUUAACGGAGUCUGCAAGAAAUCCGUUACUACUACCACGCGAAGACUCUUUCACAGUGUUAAUCGUAGAAAGGGAACAUAAACGUUUGUUUCAUUCAGGUGUCUCUCAAACUCUAAGUCAACUUAGAUAUCGUUAUUGGAUCCCUAGUGCGGAAAGUUCUUCGUCAGUGUUUAGUGUGUCGUCGAGUUGA